AUCAUUGUAAUGUUUUCCUGAAUUUAAAAAAAAAGUACCUUGAAGGUUGUAAGAUGUAAUGAUAAUGACAUUUAUUUAGUAGUCCUAUAUGAUGAAUCUAAUGAAAUUUUAAUGUUGUCAUUGUUUUUUAAAUCUCUGUGAUUAUAUCAGUGUUGUUUAAUUUGGAAUGAAUAUGUCUAGCAGUUUCAUUAAACGUGGUUCAACCAGAACCUCAGAUGACAUGAAGGAUGAUGACACAGAUGACAAGGACGAUACCAAACGGAAGUCUCGUAACUUGAGCGAGAAGAAGCGUCGAGAUCAGUUCAACCUGUUAGUCCAUGAGCUCAGCUCAAUGGUUACCUCGAACAGCAGGAAAAUGGAUAAGUCUACUGUUUUGAAGUCCACCAUUUCAUUUUUAAAAAGCCAUAAUGAAAUUGCAGUUAGAUCGCGGGCCCACGAAAUACAAGAAGACUGGAAGCCUUCAUUCCUUUCAAAUGAAGAAUUCACUCACUUAAUAUUGGAGGCACUGGAUGGUUUCAUAAUGGUGUUCUCCUCGUCCGGUCGGAUAUUCUACGCAUCAGAGAGCGUAACUUCUCUUCUCGGUCACCUGCCGAACGAUUUGUUAAACAUGACAAUUUAUGACUUGGUAUUUGAAGACGACCAUUCAGAACUUUACAAUAUUUUGCUCAACCCUUCAAAUGCCUUGUAUUCUCAACAGUAUGGUGAUGUUAAAGAAAACCGAAUUUCAUUUUCAUGUCACUUGAAGUGUGGCAGUCACGAGUCACAGGAUGAAGUCAUGUACGAACAUGUUCAUUUCGUGGGAUACUUCCGUUCCGACAUAGAACCCGUUGAAGAAGAUAGCUUCAUAUCCAGCACGAGCAGGUAUUCUGGCUUCUUGGGUGAGGCGGACUCCAGACUCGUGUUUGUGGGCACUGGCCGCCUACACACGCCACUUCUCAUACGGGAAAUGUCUGUAGUGGACUCGACGAAAAGUGAGUUCACUUCCCGGCACAGCUUGGAGUGGAAGUUCUUGUUCUUGGACCACAGAGCUCCACCCAUAAUUGGUUAUCUGCCGUUUGAAGUGUUGGGGACAUCUGGUUACGAUUACUACCACAUAGAUGAUUUGGAGAAAGUCGUCACCUGCCAUGAAGCUUUGAUGGAGAAAGGCGAGGGGACGUCCUGCCACUACAGGUUCCUCACCAAGGGCCAGCAGUGGAUCUGGCUGCAGACCCGCUUCUACAUCACCUACCACCAGUGGAACUCCAAGCCGGAGUUCAUCGUGUGCACGCACCGCGUGGUCAGCUACGUGGAUGUGAUCAAGCACCUGCGGAGGGACGCUGACGAGGGGGGAGACCAGAGCCAGGGCAGCGACGCCCCGGGCAGGCAGCCCCAGUCGUCGCCGUCCCAGAGCGGCAUCGCGUCCAGCCCCUGGCCGUCUCGGUCCCCCGCAGGUAGCCAGUCGUCGAAGGCAGCGCACGCGAAGGUCUCCCCGUCGGCCGGGAGGAGCCGGCGACGCCACUCGUCGCACGGGGCCAGCUCCGACACGGCCUCGGACUCUCGAGCGUCUGGGGCGGACUCCAGCAGAGGGUCCCGGCAGUCCCAGCCCACCUCCCACAGCGCGAAGUCGCGCUCCAGCCUGCAGAUGGUCGGCAAGGCUGUCCCUCUGGGCUCCCAGCAGCUGCUGCCCUCCUCGGUCGCCGGCUUCACGAAGCCCCAGGCUCAGUACAUGGCAGCUGUGCCGGUGCAGCCCGUGCUGGCGGCCGGCGUCCCGGGGGCAGGCCCCAUCGUGCCCGCGCUGCCCGCCUCUGAGCUGGUGAUGACGACGACGCAGACGCACAUCCAGGACCAGCUGCAGAGGAAGCACGAGGAGCUGCAGCAGCUGAUCAUGCAGCAGCAGGAGGAGCUGCUGCGCGUGUCGGAGCAGCUGUUCAUGGCGCGCUACGGCCUGCUGCCCCAGCUGCAGCUCAACGUGACGCUGCCGUUCUCGGAGCCCGGCGCGGCCGUGAGCAGCACCACGUCCUCGCUGGGCGCGCGCGCGCUUGCGCCACAGGCGCUGCCCGGCUACGUGACGGGCACGGCGGCCAUGAGCCUGGGGCAAGCCACCCGUCCAGCCCCUCAGCCCGCGACCCUCGCCAUGGACCCCCGCCACGUGGCUGCUCAGAGGCAGUGCCCGGCCAAUGAGGGGGCGGGAGGCAUGCUCCAACUGUCCCAGCAGCAGGCACAGCUGCUCUUCACGGUCUCGUCCUCCGACCAGCACGCCCAGUGACGGCCGCGCCGCGACGCUCGAAGCCGUGCGAGGGUGAAACCAGGCGAGCUUGAUUGCACCACGAGCACAAGACGUCCCGCGGGUCACCACUCAAAUUUUGCGAUUGUUCCGUUGUUGCAAACUUAAAUUUUUGUCAAAGUUACACGGUAUUCCGAAAUUAGAAUUUUUUUUUUUACCAAAUUAUUAAUUCAUUUUUUAAGUUUUAAGUUUUUCGUAAAGGUUCUCAAAAUGCUUGUUAUGGUAAGGUACAAUACAUUACAGUAUUACUAGAGACCCGUGAAUUUCGCGGGUUCAAUGACCUCCAGGAUGGACUCCAAUAUCCUCUACACACUCGGGCAAAUGCCAACUGUUCAUUGGCUGCUGACUUGUGAGUCGUCUCGACUGGGUGGCCUGUGAUUCGACACUUCUAUGAGUGAGGGUCUCUAAUUGGCCCUCAGUCCUCCAGAUUAACAGAGAACCAAUGGCAGAAGCAGCACUAAGGUAUAAUUAUUUGAAUUUUAGCAUAACAUGGAAUGAAUCCGCGAAAUUCACGGGUCUCUAAGUAUUACACAUAUCUUCGCUUAACAACAGUGCCUAAGUGACUUUUAUUAAAAUUGUUUUUGUAUCUCCAGGUAAAUGUAUGUAUUUACCUUCUCUACAUGUGUUGUUGAGCACUUUCUACUGAUUAAAUAUGUCAGUCUAAAACAAAAACAAUAUUUUAUGUUGUUAUGUUUGCUUUUGGCAAGGUUUUUUAUUAGCUGUCCUGAAAAAAUUGUCAACGUGAUAACGUCUUAUAAAUCAAUGAACGCCGGCUGCAUGCACGAAAAAGCAUGACUCUUUGUCACUUUCCGCCUGAGCCGAGCGUGCAAGAACCGGCCAACCACCGUGCGAGAAAAUCUUCUAUAAUGUCAAACAGGUUAAGACGGGCUUUUUAACUAAUUGUUCGUGAUUAUAUUUAAACAAAUUAUUUAAAUUAAAUUUGAAAAAACUGCAAAUAAUAUUUGAAAAUAAAAAAAGUAUGCAGUUUUUCAUCAAUGUUUUCUUAUGACGUUAUCACGUAAAAUUAUCGUCCGUAAACCGACUUUACAGACAACCCCCCUUUUUUUUGUAACAUAGGCUGUGUUGUUUUCAUAACUAACCUUAUGUAAUUUUAAACUGUAAAUCAAUUAAGUUUUUUUUUUUCCUAUGAUAACCCAUUAUUAGGAAACCAUGUUUACAUAUCAGUAUUUUACAAUUUUCUAGCUUGUCAAAAGGGAAUAUAACUAUGAAGGUUCCACUGAGGCACUCAAAACAAAUUUACACGGGUACGUGAUCCAAAUUAAUGCUUGUGUUAACUUUUAAGUUACAAAUGUUGAUGGUUGUAGCAGUUACAGAAUAUUGCCUACAUAUGGCAUUAUGAUCCCAAUGCCAAGGGCGAACUGUGAUGAGUAGUAGUGAUGAGUAGUGUCUCCAGCAUGAAGUGUUGUGUUUGUGAGCACCCUGUGGGACCGCAAGACGGAGGAGUUGAAGCGUUGUCCUAGUGAUGUGUGAUGGUGAUGUUCACCAGACCACGCUGGUUUGGGUGUAAGUUUCCUCUAGCUACUGGAUGUUGUACAUUUUAAAUAUGUAAUGUAAUUUUCACUCAUGUGGUCCAUAAAAUAUUUUUAGACUACCGGGUUAUAUCUAUUUGAAAAAAGAAAAGGUAUAUAAUUAAGAAUGGUCAUGCCUUGCACAUCAAUUCGACAGAUUACACUUAUUGUGUUCACUUAACAUUUGGAAACCAUCUUUUUUUUUAAUGGUCCAGGAUUAUAUAUACAUAAAAAAUUUAUUGCUCUCACAUUAUAGUGAAACAUUUCUUUUUAACGUAUCAGUAUGCUGGUACUCUAAAGCCAAGAAAGUGUAGAUUUUGGUGGGAAAAAUAAGUAUAAUUUUAUUUCUGGCACAUAGUAGUUACCCUGUCAUCUGUAUUGAACGGAUAUUUCGACUCAUGCUGAUGGCACUGUGUUUUAGCACUAAAUAUAUAUCCAGAAAUCAUGUUAUAAGUAACAUUGCCAUUGCAAUCAGUAACGUGCAAGUUUUUGUGGAAUUUAUACUAAGCUGGUAAAAGAGUUUACAGAAUAAAAAGGAUAUUGUAAGCAGUGAUAAAUUUAAGGCAAAAAUAUAUGCAUUGUGAAACUUUUGUAAUAAUAUUGUAAUAUCAAUUUCCGUCAAAUUUUGUUACGAGGUACGUACUUGGGGAAAAAAAACUCAUCAGUUUUUAUAUUCAAUAAUGAAAGUUCUUUUUAAUGAAUAAGAAUGUAAUACAUCUUUUAGAGGUCUGAGAAUAGGUAUAGUCAUAGGUACUUUAAAGAGAAGAAACUUUAAAAGUUAAGUAUGAAGUUUGUAAUGAGGUUCCAUUGUAAAUAUAUAAAUCAUUUGAAGGGGUAAGGAGGUGGCCAGUAUGGUAACUGAAGUGGUAUUAAACAAUACAAUACUAUUCAAGCUGUUAGAAUUUACAUGGCAAUUAGUAUUUUAGCAAAUGCGUUAAUACACCACAUUGUAUAUGUCUCAUUUGACUGUACAUUUUAGUUGUAUUAUGAUAUAUAAAUCUUUUAUUUGGAUGAUUUUUUUGUUUAAAGAGCAAACUUUUAAGUGUUAAUAAAUGAAUUGCCAUUGGGCAUAUUUUCAAGUAGAAUUUUUGUCAGCGGUUUUACUGUUUUUAUUUGUCCUAGGACUUUUUACUGUGGUAGUUUUUGGGAGUUAUGCUUAUACCAUGUUAAUGUUGUUUAUACAUCAUUGGCUUAAAAUGUGUAAAUAAGAAUGCAGAUCCUAAUUCAGUAAAUUAUAGUAUGUACGUAUUUACUAUUGGAUUGUAUCAGUGAAAUGUAUUCACAGGUUAUCUAUCUGACCAUGCUAUUGAUCUUGCAACACUCGACAGGCCGUUACUAAAGACUGAGAUUUAUCGCCGAGAUAUUUUUGUUUGGAGACAAUUUGCUUGUCUAGUUUGAAGAAAUUGUUCAAACGUUGUGAGACUCCGAAUACUGAGAUAUUGUCAAAGAUUGGAGCAAUUAAAGAAAUAUUAUGUCAAUUUUA